AUGCCGUUCUAUCGAAUGCUAUGCAUAUCCGCGCAUUAUCCUGAAUAUGCCAACAUCAAAAGCUUGGUUCGGCAAGCUGCUCUUCACAUUAUGGACAACGGCGGUGUAGUGCGGAAAAUUGAUUCAUGGGGUACGAGGGCGUUGCCUCAGCGGAUGCGGAGACAUACGCAGUAUCACACUGCUGGAGACUACUGGAUGAUGUACUUUGACACAUCACCGCGGGUGCUACGAGAGUUCAACUCGAUAAUGCGCAAAGACCCGCGCGUGAUACGGUGGACGACGCUAAAGAUUGGGGAUAAGGUGGAGGACAUCGUCGAGCCGCCCGAGAAGACGAUCCACAGGCGUUAG